AUGGGUUUCACGACUGGUUUCCUUGGAGGGUUCACUCUCACAACCGGGGUACUCUACCUCACGAUAUAUCUUCACAAAGCGAACAGAAAUGUCCAACACACGAUAUUACAACAGUCGUCUCAGCUCCUCCACAAUGUUGUAGAACCCCCGGCGCCCAGGCCCGAUCCACCGCCAUACGAGGUCAAACGCGCCGGUCUCUCAGAACAGCUGAAGGAUCGAUGGAACAGUGAGCUCGAGAAGAUGGUGUCCCGAAUACAGACUACCGACUGGACGGAACAGCGGGAGAUCUACACAGAUAAGAUCACCAACGCAUGGAACAACCUCCGACAGACUGAGCAGGUCAAGGAGCUCGAGCAGAAGGCUAAAGAGGCUGUGGAUUCCGCGAAGGACGGAGCCAAAGACAUCGUGGACUCCGCGAAGAGCGAGACCAAGGACAAGGUCGAGGCGGCGAAGGAAAAGUCAAGGGAGCCUCGUCUGCUCGAAAUGAGAUGA